AGCGUGGACUGGCUUGCGAGUCUAGGCACGCGCCCCGACUCCCGAUAACACACCUGGAUCGACCACUUAAGACCCGGCUCGCACUCGUCCGCCGCGACGACGAUGGCCUCCCGGCUCUUUGCGCGCUCGUACGCACUCCGCCGCCCGCUCCUCGGCGCCGCGUUCGCCGCGGGCGCGCUCGGCGCGACGCACAUCGUCCACGCGGACGCGCCGCCAGCCGCGGUCUCCCCGAGCGAGCCGCUCUCCGCGUACGUCCGCACCUACAUCGUCUACUCGCUCUGCAGCGUCCCCUUCGUCGUCGAUGCCAGCCCCAAGCUCCUCUCCUGGCUCACCGCCGUCCCCGGCGUACGCACCGUCACCGAGGCCGCCGUACGCGCCACCUUCUUCAACCAGUUCGUCGGCGGCGACACCGCAGAGGCCUGCGUGCCCCUCCUCCGCCGCCUCCGCGCGCGCAACAUGGGCGCCCUCUUCGCCUACUCCGUCGAGGUCGACGAGGGUACCGCCAUGGGCGCCGGCCACGACCCCGCCAACUCGCCCCACGCUCGCAUCGUGAACGAGAUGGUGCACUCCAUUGACGUCGCCGCCGACUUUGAGGACGAGCUCGCCCCGCCGGGAACACCUCCCACCGCGCGCAAGACCUGGGUCGCUGUCAAGCUUACCGCGCUGCUCCCCGACGCACACGCGCUCUGGAACCUGUCCGCGCACAUCCUCGAGGCGCGCAAGGGGUACCGGGAUCCCCCGGGGCGUCCUCGGCUCGCCGAUGUCGAGUUUCCCGGCGCGCCGCACGACAACGACCUCGACGUCGUGCUGAAGUCGAAGGGGGAGAGCAUACCAGCGCCAUUGACGCAAGCCGAUGCGGCGGCGCUGGCGCAGCUCUACUCGGACCUCUGCAGGAUAUGCACGCGGGCAAGGGAGCGCGGGGUCAGGAUCAUCAUCGACGCCGAGUACAGCUGGUACCAACCUGCCAUCGACGCCCUCACCCAUGCCCUCAGCCGGAAGUUCAACGUCUUGGAAGAUGACCCCACCAAGGUCCAGCCUCUCGUAUACGGCACAUACCAGGCAUACUUGAGACGCACCCCUGCGCACAUCGCCCGCGCCGCUGCCGACGCCCAUGCUGGCGGCUACUCCCUCGGUGUCAAGCUCGUCCGUGGCGCGUACCACCCUCACGAAGUCGGCGCUUGGAAGGCCGCCCACGACGCGAUCAGCAACGCCCAGAACCCGGAAGCCAACCCCGUUGCCCGCAUGACGCUCGUCCCCGCCGCCGAGCACCCGCCCGUGUGGAGUACGAAGCCCGAAACCGACGCCUGCUACGACCGCUGCGUGUCCAUGCUCGUCGACCUGGUCGCCGACGAUGUCAAGACCGCCACCUCUGCCUCUUCACCUAUCUCUUCCUCCAUCGCGGCCCCAGUAGCAGGCGUCAAGCGCAAGUGGUACAGCCUGGGAUGGGGGAAGGGUGACGCUUCACCGCCGACCUCUUCUGCCGACCUGCCUGCCACCGACCUGACGCCCCCGAAAUCAGUUGCACCAACUUCCCCCCAACCGCGCAUCGGCGUCCUCUUCGGCACGCACAACUGGGCGAGCUGCGCGGGGAUCCUGAGCGCGCUGGAGGAGAGGGGGCUCGGGAAGCGGGAGACGGUUCCGAGGGGGCAGGGAGAAAGUGCAGAUGGUCCGUUAGUUCUGGAUAGGGAGGUCACCGGCCGUGUCACGAUCGGCCAGCUCUACGGCAUGAGCGACGACCUGACGGAGAGCGUCGCGGCGCGCGUGCGGAGCGGGGAGCCGUUUGUGAUCAAAUACGUACCCUACGGCGCCCUCAGCGAAGUCCUGCCCUACCUUGGCCGCCGCGCGAUCGAGAACAAGAGCAUGUUGUUCGGGCAGGGCGGCGCCGCGCACGAGCGCGAGCGGGCAUGGGCUGAGAUCCGGAAGCGGGUCUUUGGCUAAUCAGGACGCCUCGCUCUCGGAUGAUAGGGCGCGAGUGGAUGCCAGCGUCAAUGGAUAGGCACGUCGAAAUUUGGAGAAGAGUGAGAGUGGAUGCCAACGAGGCGGAAUGCUGGGGAAAGCUCGGACGAGAUAGCGCGUCUAGUGCGCUUGACCACCACGACAUUCGGCCGAUGUCGAUAAAGACCCACACGAAGGAAGGUGGGGAUGAGGGUAGCGGGCCGGGAGGACCAUGGAAGAGUGGUGGGACUUGGACGAGAGAUUGCGGAAGACGAAUGGAAGAUGGGUGGCGACGGAUGGAGACGGCGACAACGCCCCGCCCAUUAACGAAUGCAGCGAUGACCGGUGAUGCACUGACGGACCCUGGGGACUAUGUGUUGUAUACGCACUGUAGAAUGUUGUUGUAGCAAUGCAUAUUGUUGUACACAGAUUUGCUGUCGAGUGAGGGGAUGAGCGUG